AUGUCAGAACCACGAGAUGCGACGAACACGUUGAAUAGGCAACCAAGUGACACGAGGGGAGCGCACAAAAAGGCCUCCAGCAUCACUCCGCGCGCAGGGACACACGUCAGGCCAUCCACGCCCACCACGUCCACCUCGAAAGAAAACGGAAGGGCUGGUCCAUCCUCAUCCACCGCGUUUCCGACGACACCGGAGUCGCCCACCCCCGUGCGCGUUCCUCGCACACCGCGCACUGCAAGCGAGCCUGGCCUGAGGUCUGUCUCAGAGAAGUCCGUGCUUGAGACACCCGUGAACACCAAGGGCAAGCGGAAGGCGGAGGAAGUGGAUCUUACGCCUCCCGACCAGCGCGCAGGCCAUCACGCUAAGUUUGUGCUUCCGGAGGGCGGUCAUCGUUCCCACCAUGUCUCCGAAGUCUCUCGCGCCCCUUCCUCUUACACGGGUCGCAAACGCGCACGGUUGUCCACGGCCUCCCCCUCCGCUAGUCCUUCUCAAUCUAGACCAGCAUCUGUGUCGCGACACCCCACCGACUCCUGGCCCAGUCGCUCCGCCAUUCCAGCGACCCUUCAUCGUGCCAGUUCCAAAAGCGCGUCCAUGCGUUCAGGUGCUCGCUCCGAGUCCAUGAUCGCUUCCGCACAGCGUAACUCGAGCCGACGCAAAAGCCUCUCUGAGAUUUCCAUCCCUCUCAGCGCGCUCGUCGCUCCCCAUGCGCCAUCCGUAAGCGUGCGCUCGAGUAUGUACCACAUGCGAGACCCGCGAAAACCUCCACGUAUACACCCCACCCCAUGGAGCCUGGAGUUACGCAACCCAGAUCAAGAAGGGUCGCCCGUGCACGCGUGGUUCUUCUUCAUCGGUUUCGUGCUCUUUCCGCUGUGGUACGUCGCGAGCUUUUGGAGGAUCCCGCAAACACGCCAGGUCGGUGGCUCGGACACGGAGAAGGCCGUGACGCUGGACGACCCGCAAGUGGAACACGACGCGCGGUCGUGGCGGCGGCGCUGUCGCAUUAUGUCCGUGGUAUCGCUCUUGACCUACAUUCCCUUCAUCGUCUUGGUCGCCAUCUUCGUCCCUCGCAGCUAA